AUGAGAAUGAACAAUAAGGAACUUGCCACUGAAAAUAACACUUUGAAAGAAAAAUUAACUCAAUCAAUCAAAGACAAUGAAGAGUUAAAGAAAUCAACUCUUAAAACUGAAUACUAUUGUCAAGUUUAUUAUUCUAAAUUAAUAUUGGCUAUAGAUGAAGGCAUCAAUUCAAUGGAAAAUAUGCUUAAGUCAUGUAAAGCUAUGAGAGAUAAAGUAAGUCAAUCUCAUAAUAUACUUAAGAAAAUAAACAGACACAAAAAACUUUAUAGUAAUGAAGAUAAUAAGAUAAAUUACUCAUAUGAUAAAUUAAAAAGCAUAUCUAAUGAUAAAUUUACCAAAGAUGAAUGUAAUGAAUUAAUAAAUACUUUUACGGUCUCAUUAGAACUCAUUAAUAAGAAAUUUAAGUAA